AUGCAGCGGCUGUGGGGGCGAGCGGUGGGCGACGCGGGGGCGGCAGCGCCCUUCGUGUACACGGCGGGGGGCGGUAGGGGCGCCGCCCCCACCGUCAACUUGCGGUCCAUCGCAACAGUGCAGAGCAUCGCAGCCAAGAAGGCGAGCCUACAGGCGCAGGUGAUAGCGCAGUACGUGUUCGGCUACGUCACCCUCGCCUACAAGUUCUCUAAGGAGAAAAAGCUCGAGGUGGACGUCUUAGCCGUUACAAAACUGCCGAGGGGCGACGGGCCGUCCACCGUGGACGGGGCGGAAUGCGACGUUAAAAUCCCGUCCCUGAAGUACGUCGACAUCGAGGUGUGUCUGCGGCCUCUCAAGGGCCGCGAGCUCCAGCAGAAGGUGAAGAAAUUCCGUACCGGCGAGGAGCCGGACGAUGACCUGCCCUUCGAACCGGAGUGCUGCUUCCGGACGAAGAGCUUAGAGGGGAGUGUGCUGGUGCUGUCGGUGCGGCGGCGGCGGGAGCGGCGGGCGGUGGACCACCGUCAGGACCUCGGAAACGCCAUCGUCAGGAUGUCACGUCAGGACGUUGUCAGCCCGGCGGUCGUCAGGAGGACGCUGCCCUUGCGACACGGAACGAUGCAACAAGACCUGAAGGGGUCGGUGCUGCUGGAGCUGAAGUGUGGGCACCCCACGGGGGGCGUGGCCGAGCUCGGCCUCAGCGUCCGCCUGCUGCAGUUCGUGGACGUGGCGCCCCUGGGUGUCAGCAUCAACAUGGUCGACGACAAAGUUAAGCCAGAGAUCAAGAUAAGGACUCAGCUGCUGGGGAGCGAAAAGUCAGGCUUGGGGAAGGCUCACGACUUCCCCUGGCUGGGGCUACAGAACAACUCCCGUCGCCUCCCCACCGACCCUGUGGGGGACUUCGGGGGUUGGGGCACCCUGUUCCCCCAGGGUUGCUACACCUCCAAGCUGGUCCCCGAGACCGAACUGAACUCUUAUUCGCUGAGCUUUGUUGUUAAUGUUUACGGCCGUAACAACGUCGGCGCGGCGGCCAAGAAAGAAGUGUUGCUGGGCGCCGUGGUGCUCGGCCCUGAACUGCGCUGCUCGUCUGGGACAACUGACGACGGCAGCCUCACGCAGUGGGGAGAAGCGCUAACCAAACGCACUGCAGUGGAGCAACUGCACAGACUGCACCUCUGAACACUGCACGGCCUGCACCUCAGAACACUGCACCUCUGAACACUGCACGGACUGCACCUCUAAACACUGCACUUCUGAACACUGCACGGACUGCACCUCUGAACACUGCACUGUAACAACUGCAUACACUGCACAUCAGGAUGGCAUGUGUCGCAGUUAAAGGAAAAGGAAACAAAUUCGACGAGUAGCUUUAAUGUUACGAAGGCCCUGCGUGGGCACAACAGAUGUACUUAUAGUACAAAUGCACUGUAAUAUAUAAUACAAUUGUCUGCAUAACAUAUCAAAUAAUUUACAAUUCAGGUAGGAAUAGCAUUAGAAUUGAGGGUUCAACACGAAACGUUAUAGAGGUCUUAUAUUUCCAAGAUUUAUUUAUGUAUAAUAAUUUAUAUAACAAUUGUUUCGUACUGCAAGUAAUGAUAGGUUAGGUUAUAUCAGUUUAGUAAGUAUAACUGCCUGAUAUAUUUAUAGCCGUAGGCAUUUUGAAAAUAUCUAAGAUGCAAAUUCGUGCAAUUUUUCAUUUAAGUGUUUAUAUAUAGUUGCCCUAUUGUGGAUAUAAAUAUUUAAUUAUUAAUGGUACGAGCUUUCUCUUGAUAAGGUCAAUGGAUAAAAGGUUUUUAUAGUAAAACUGACAUUUC